UGCCUUUGCGCAACCGAGGCAUACAAUCACUUCCACUCCAUGAAAGCCACAAACCCAUUUUUCAACAAACCAACCCUCCAACUCUUACAACAAUGCAAAAACAUAGACACCCUCAAACAAGUCCAUGCCCAAAUGAUCACAACAGGUCUGAUCCUCCACACCUACCCUCUCAGUCGCAUCCUUCUCUUAUCCUCCACCCUAGCCACCUUAUCCUACACACUAGCCAUCUUCAGCCAAGCCUCUCACCCGACCAUCUUCAUCUACAACACCCUCAUCACAUCCCUCACAAGCCAUCAACAGAAUGACCAAACCCACAUAGCCUUUUCUCUCUACUGUCGCAUUCUCACUCAUACCAACCUCAAACCCAAUGACUUUACAUACCCAUCUCUCUUCAAGGCUUGUAGAUCGCACCCAUGGCUCCAAUAUGGUCGAGCCUUACAUACCCAUGUCUUGAAAUUUCUUGAGCCCUCCUAUGAUCACUUUGUUCAAGCCUCAUUGCUCAAUUUUUACUCCAUAAUUGGCAAAGUGAGCAUUUCAAGGUACCUUUUUGAUCAAAUCAGUCACCCUGAUUUAGCUACAUGGAAUUCUAUAUUAUCUGCUUAUGCUCGUAAUGCUAGUGUACAUUGCAAUGCCAUUAGUAGUGAUGAUAUUGACGAUACUGGUUUGUCAUUAGAAGUUGUGUCCUUGUUUAAUGAUAUGCAGAAGUCUCUGGUUAGGCCCAAUGAGGUUACCAUGGUAGCUUUAAUCGGUGCUUGUGGUAAUUUGGGUGCAUUUGGACAAGGCACAUGGGCACAUGCUUAUGUACUAAAGAGGAGUCUCAAAUUAAACCACUACAUAGGCACGGCUUUGAUUGAUUUCUAUGCCAAUUGUGGAUGUCUCGGACUUGCAUUUCAGUUGUUUGAUCAAUUGCCUGAGAGAGACACAUUCUGUUACAAUGCAAUGAUUAGAGCGUUUGCAAUUCAUGGUCAUGGGAACGAGGCACUUGAACUUUUCAAGAAAAUGAACCUUGAAGGGUUGCUUCCUGAUGAUGUGACAAUGGUAGUUACAAUGUGUGCUUGCUCACAUGUUGGGUUGGUUGACCAAGGUUGCAAGUAUUUUGACUCUAUGAAGGUGGAAUAUGGACUUGAGCCAAAACUUGAACACUAUGGGUGCCUAGUGGAUCUUUUAGGUCGAGCUGGGCGGGUUAAGGAGGCUGAGGAAACGGUUCGGACAAUGCCCAUGAAGCCUAAUGCAAUUUUGUGGAGGUCUUUGCUAGGGGCAGCUAGAGUUCAUGGCAAUUUAGAGAUAGGUGAACUUGCACUAGCCCACUUGACACAGUUAGAGCCAGAGAUUAGUGGGAAUUAUGUGCUUUUAUCGAAUAUGUAUGCAAGCAUGAAUAGGUGGGAUGAUGUGAAAAGGGUGAGAAAAUUGAUGAAAGAUCAUGGGAUUCAUAAAGUGCCUGGAAGUAGCUUGGUUGAGACAAAUGGUGCUAUGCAUGAGUUCAUUAUUGGUGACAAAACACACCCACAAUUGGAAGAGAUAUAUUUGAAGCUAGAAGACAUGAAUAGAAGAUUGCAAGAAUAUGGUCAUAUGCCAAGAACCAAAGAAGUGCUUUUUGACAUUGAAGAGGAAGAGAAGGAAGAUGCACUCUCAUACCACAGUGAGAGGCUAGCUAUUGCGUUUGCACUCAUUGCAACUGAUUCCAGCUCACCAAUUCGUAUAAUAAAGAAUCUUCGAGUUUGUAGUGAUUGCCAUUCAAUUACUAAGCUUAUUUCAAAGAUAUAUGACACAGAAAUUAUAGUAAGAGAUCGAAAUCGAUUUCAUCAUUUUAAAGAGGGGGCUUGUUCUUGUUUGGAUUACUGGUGAGAGGCUUCCUAACAUUUACAAUGUUCCCACAAUCAAAAGAGAUACACUAAAGCUAGCAGAGAUGACUAGAAGAUGCAAAGAAUAUGGUCAUAAGCCAAGAACCAGAGAAGUGAUAUUUGGCACUGAAGAGGAAGAGAAGGAAGAUGCCCUCUCACACACUGAGAGGCUGGCUAUUUCUUUUGGACUCAUUGCAUCUGGUUCCAUUGCACCAGUGUUGAGUUAUAGAGAAUCUUCGGGUUUGUGAUGAUUGCCAUGCAAGUAGUAAGCUUAUUUCCAAGGUUGAUGACAGAGAGACUAUAAUAAGAGAUUGAAAUUGAUUUCAUCAUUUUAAAGAGAGGACUUGUUAUUGCUUGGAUUGGUGGUGAGGCUUCCUAACAUUCAGAAUGUUCCCACACUAAAAAAAGAGAGUUAUUUGA